ACAUUUUACUCUCCAAAAAGGAAAAUGUCGGGGAAAAGAAGGGCGCGCUUUGCACAAUCUGGCGGGAAAAGGAAGCACGCCUGCUAUCAUAUCGCCGCGAAAUCUUCUCCCCCUUUCCUCUCUCAUUCCUCCCCCUCCCUCCCUUCCCUCCCAUGGAGCAGGAGCGCACACAACCGGCGACGAAGAGGGCGAGGCCUUCUUCUCCUCCGCAAGCCCGAGCUGCCGACGCGGAGGACCGGCUCAGCGCUCUCGAUGACGCCACCCUGCACGCCAUCCUCGCCCGCGUGCCCCUCCGCGACGCGGCGGUCACGGCCGCGCUCUCCCGCCGCUGGCCCCGCGUCUUCGCCACGCUCCCGCGACUGGUCAUCCGCCCGGCCACAUUCAACCGCCGCGGCUUCCCCGACGAGGGCGACGAGGACCGCUGCGAGGACCCCCGGCGCUGGAUGGACGCCCUCCGCCGCGUCCUCGACGGCCGCGCCGCGCCGGUCGCGGCUCUCGAGAUCGACUCCAGGUUCAUGAGCGUGCACUGCAACUGGUUCAACAAGGUCUUCCGCGAGCUCUGCUGCAAUGGCGGGCUCCUGGAGCUCAGCAUCGUCAACACCGACUACACAGAGUGCUACGCACUGCCCUCCACUGUGUACGCCUGCACGACGCUCACCUCGCUGGACCUCUACAAUUGCUGGCUCCGACUGUCCGGCUCCCUCGUCGGCCUGCGGCCCUUGCGAUUGCUCCGGCUUCGCAACGUGACCGCAACGGACGCCGAACUCUGCCGCUUGAUCCGGCGGGGCAGCACCAUGGAGCAUCUGGAGAUCCAUGACGUCCACAAGGCGCGGAACAUCAUCAUAGAAGCGCCAUGCCUCAAGAAGCUCUACAUCUACUCGUACCGCCCGCUCUGCAUCGUCGUAAAGAAGGCACCGCCUCUGGACAUGGUGAAGCUGAGCCUCUCCUACGGCUGCCCUGAGCAUUCUUGGAGCCUCCACGACACCAAGGACAUUGAUAGGGACUACUCAAUUCAUGAGAUGGAGGAGAUGCUUGAUUACAAGAAGAUGGCCGAGAGGGAGCACAAACAGACGGACGAGAUCAAGAACAUGGUGAAGUUCCUCUGUGGAGUAAGCUCCACCAAGAGCCUCCGGUUGCACUUAUCAACUGAAUACUCCGAGGUUGUGAGCAUGUCCAAGGCUUCGAUACCGAAGAGUUUGCCCAAGAAAAGCUAUCUUCUCGGAUUGAAAUCACUUAGCCUUAUUCUGGAUCACAAUCAUGAAGUGCUUUCUACCUUUGUUUCAUGCUUACUGAACAGCUGUCCCAACCUCAAGGAUCUCAGAAUUAUUGAGCUUCGGCACCCGGGAAGCCCUGCGCCCUUACCUGCAGAGUUUUGGUUUGAGAAGAUAAACGGAGGCGGUUUUCUGUACCGGUUGUCAAGCGUCACCUUCUACACCGAUUCGCUCUUUGAAGGCCACCCUUGCGGGGGCAUCUGUAAGUUCCUGGUGAUGAAUGCGAUCACCCUCAAGAAAAUGAGCAUCAAGUACCAUCACUCGCAGGUGAAGCCUGAGCAUGCAGCCAAGCUCGAAGCAGCCCGAAGGGAACUCCGUGCAUGGCCAAGGGCUUCCGAUCAUGUGCUGCUGGAGUUGACUCCCAUUGAUUACUUCCCCAGUUUCUGAGAUUGUGAGGUCACGGAUCCGUUGCUCACUUGCAGGUCCUGCAGCAUCAUCUGUUGAGUUCUACCUUCUCUAUCCCUCUCCUGCACUCCGAUUUACUCCAAAAUGCAAGAAGCACAUGCUAGCUAGGCACCAUAAGUUCUUUUUUGUCGGGAUGGAUUGGAAAUCUGGAUUUGCACUUGCUGUCACAAGUAUAUUCGCCCUUGUUAAUAGUACUACAUAUAUAUAUGCUUGCUAGUAUCAUCACGUCGUGGAUUCUGUAAAUGCGGUUGCCUCUUAUGAACCAGUAUGGCAGUAUCAAGCAAUGUUAUAACCAUCUUCUAUA